UGUAGCAGGCUCCAAGGCUCUGGACUACUCAAAUGGCUUAUAUGACUGCCAGUCACCCACCUCACCUUUCAUGGGCAGCCUGCGAGCGCUCCACCUUUUGGAAGACCUGAGAAGUGUCCUGGAGCUGAUGGACUCUGAGGAAAGGGAGAGUUUACGCUGCCAGAUCCCCAGCUCCACUGCUGACAGUCUGGUUGAGUGGCUGCAGGGUCACUUGUCCAAUGGGCACAUCUCACUGAGCGGGGGUGACCACUACCAGGAAAGACUUUCCAGACUAGAAAGCGAUAAGGAGUCUUUGGUGCUUCAGGUGAGUGUGCUGACAGACCAGGUGGAGGCGCAGGGAGAGAAGAUAAGGGACCUGGACUUGUGUUUAGAUGAGCACAGAGACAAACUCAACGCCACUGAGGAAAUGCUGCAGCAGGAGCUUCUAUGCAGAACUGCGGUGGAGUCCCAGAAGCUGGAGCUAAUGUCUGAAGUGUCUGCUUUGAAGCUGAAGCUGAAUACCAUGGAGAAAGAUAAAAUGGGUUUUGAUGACAGAUAUAGGGACAGUGAGGAUUUAAUUCUUGAAAUUAAUGAACUGCGGUAUAAACUGACAGAGCUGGAGAGUGAAAAGCUUCAGUAUGAAAAGAAACUUAAAUCUACAAAGGAGGAGUUGGCCAUGCUGAAGAGGCAGCUGGAAAGUAAAGACGGGGACGUGAGGAGGCUGCAUGAUGAUAUGAGCUUCAAAGCCAUUUCUUGUGUCAAUACACCAACAGAAAAAGCGUGUCAUCCAGAUGAAACACUUAGAAAGAGGCUGAAAGAGAAACAUGUGGCGGUGCAGAGGAUGAAAAAAGCAGUGGAGUCAUUAAUGGCAGCCAAUGAAGAGAAGGAUCGUAAGAUUGAAGAACUUAAGCAGUCAUUGCUGCGUUACAAGAAGGUUCAAGAUAUGGUGAUGUCAGUGCAAGUAAAGAAAGAGAAAUGCAAAGACAGUGAGCAUGUUGAGAAUGAUCACGAUGGCUUCAUACCAGUCACAACGAGCAGUCCUGCAUCCACGGACCCCGAGGAGGACAGUGGUACAGACGCUGAACAACCCAAAACCAGGAGGCCGGAUGAGCUGGAGAGCCUCAACAGCCAAAGUGAAGAGACUCCACCUGCCAACUCUUCUUCUGACCAACCUUUGUCUGAACCAGAAGGAGCAGAGGAGUCUGCACCAGCCGAUGUAGAAAGUAUUCAAGAUGUCACAAAGUCUGGCAGCCAGGACAACCUGAAGAGCAAGAAUAAUGAAAAGAAUUCAAGUGACCACAGCAGUAAACUCUGUGAUAAGCCACCCAUGUGUCCCUCUGCCACCUUACCUGCCACCACAGAGGAUGACGCUUUUGGCACGAGAAAGGCCCGUUCAUCUUUUGGGAAGGGCUUCUUCAAGAUCCGCGGGGGCAAGAAGACAGCCAGCACUCCAAACCUUGACCGCAGCCGGAGUGUGAGUGCGCCCAUGCUAGCUGAAACAGAGCGACAAGGCACUGAUCAUCUGGAUCUAGCUGGGCUGCCUCAGAGAUCAUCCAACAGUGACAGCACCCACACGCUCCCUACCACCCCAGAGAGCAGGAAAAAAUCCAAAGGAAUUAAGAAACUCUUUGGAAAGAUUAAAAGAAGUCAGUCUACUACUUUUAACCUGGAUGAUAAUUUACCAGAGGGUCAGUUCAAGAGGGGUGGAGUGCGAGCCACAGCAGGACCCAGGCUGGGUUGGUCUCGUGACCUGCAACGAGGCAACAAUGAUGUGGAUGCACCGUUUGCUCGUUGGCCAAAGGAUCAGGUGUGCGACUGGCUGCAAGAGCAGGGUCUCGGCCUUUACGUCAACAUGGCUCGUGUGUGGAUCUCUUCUGGACAGACUCUGUUGCAGGCCUCACAGCAGGAUCUGGAGAAAGAGCUGGGCAUCAAGCACCCACUCCACAGAAAGAAGCUGCAACUGGCUCUGCAGGCGCUUGGCUCCGAAGAAGAUGAUACCAAGGGGAAACUGGACUAUAACUGGGUGACGAGGUGGCUGGAUGACAUCGGCCUGCCUCAAUAUAAGACACAGUUUGAUGAGGGGAGGAUGGAUGGUCGCAUGCUGCACUACAUGACAGUGGAGACCUGCUUCUCUGAAGGUGGGGAGUGUCUUGCCUCACCUCAGUAUCACGAGAGCUAUUCAAGUUGCUCCGACCUCAACAACUAUGAGCCGAACUGCUUACGCCGCAGGCCAUCUGACGAGAACAAUAUUUCACCAGCAGAGAUUUCCCAGUGGACCAACCACAGAGUGAUGGAGUGGCUGCGGUCCGUGGACCUCGCUGAAUACGCUCCCAACCUCAGAGGCAGCGGUGUGCACGGAGGCCUGAUGGUUCUGGAGCCACGCUUCAAUGUGGAGACUAUGGCACUGCUGCUAAACAUCCCUCCCAACAAGACUCUGCUGCGCCGCCACCUCGCCACGCACUUCAGCCUCCUGGUCGGCUCGGAGGCCCAGCAACUCAAGCAGGAGUGUCUUGAAAACCCAGAUUACACUCUUCUUACAGCCCAAACGAAAGUCAAGCCAAGGAAACUGGCCUUAGGUCAUUUCGGCAGUCUGAGAAAGAAGCGGCAAGAUGACUGUGAGGAGUAUGUGUGUCCUUUGGAUGUGGAGAUGCCAAAGGGACGAGGUUUCCAGAAAGGCCUUGGGAUGGAGCUUCAGAUUUACGAGGACGACCUCGACAGGCUUGAUCAGAUGGAGGACUCUGAGGGAACUGUGAGACAGAUCGGUGCUUUUUCUGAAGGCAUACAAAAUCUAACGAGCAUGCUCAAAGAUGAUGAAUUCUUCAAAGAAGUUUCAAAUUCUCCCAACCCGAGUGUAACAGAUGAGGACUCUUAACGCGCGGGGCCUGAGAGUGCUGCCACCCAACUCUGUGCCAAUGACUCGGCACACAGUUAACACUCCAGCUUCUUUAAGUGUUCUAUUCACAUAUGAGCCAAAAGUAUUUUUCUUGUGUUUCCCCCCAUUAGAAAUGUUGUGUUGUGAGAGCGUAUCCCCUUUGAUUGUUCCUGAACUGUUUCUGCAUUGCUGCCUUUUGAUGACUAAGAGAAAAAUUUAGGGGCAUCGCCACUUGUUUUUUCCUGCCAGCUGGAUUCUGGAGAUACCCAUUUAUAUACUAAUAUAACAGAUGGACACUUUGACAUCUUGAAAUGCAAACAAAGAUGUAUAUAUGAUCUCUUUCUCCUCUUUUUUUUUUUAUGUAUGUAAUCUUUUGACUAUGGAGUCAGUUGCAGGAAAUAGAUGGAAUUCAUCAAGUACUAAAGCUGAGCAAUGUUUAGUGUAAAUUGUACAACUCCAAAGCAGCUGCUAUUUUUUAGAACAUUCAUCUUUCUAAUUGAAUGCACAGUGUCCUUAUGUUUUAUCGUGUAUUGAAGUUUUUUUUAACUUACCAGCAAUAUUUUGCAUGCAUUGUUUUCAGUACACCUCCUACAGGACGGCACGUAGUCUAAAGAAUAUCACAAUGUAUUGACAUCCAAAUAUGU